AUGAAGUUUCUAGCAUAUUUUCUAAUAUUUGGCUUUGUUUCACAGGGUUUCUCAACGAAAGACAAUGUUUUUGAGCAAGAACGCGCAAAAGCUGAAUUUGAAGCUAAUCUUGGAUCGAUUGAGCAAAAAGAUUUGUCUCCGGGAAAGCUCAAUCAUAUCUCCCCAACUAUACAAAAUCCGCUUAAGACCGAUAUUCUCGGUGACAUUGUGCAGAAAGCGAUUCAAGAAAACGGCUUGAAGAAAAUUGACAAUCAAAACUAUGAGAAAAGCGACGAUGAGGACACCGUUGAGCAUUUCUUGAACUCACUUGAGAAAGAUUUGACAGAUGAUGAGAAUUUGAAGAGAGUGCAAGUUGAGGAAAGUCGCGAAGAGGGAAAUGAUCGAUCGUUGUGGUCGGAUGAGGGAGAUUUUGAGCUCCCAAAGCCGUGGAAGAUGAAGAACGAUAAGAAAAACAAGUUUAAUGAUGAGAGUUUUGAUGAUUCGUCGAUUUCCGAUGAAGAUGAUGAUUAUUAUGAUGAAUAUCCAGAGGAUGAUGAAUACUGGUUCCUGCCGUACGAUCCGGAGAUCGAACUCGACAGAGAUGCCAUCAAUCAAGCGAUGAUCCUUGGAGCGGCAAAGCCAGCAAAACAACAAAGUCUCGUCAUCGUUCACGAAACGGUGAACAUUGGAAAAAUUGAAGUGAAUCAGGUGCCAAAAACCCUUGACAUGCCUCCAUUGGCCGAUCAAGGUUUAGUGAUCAUACAGCCAGAUCUUACACAGAUUCAGGGUCCUCGAUCGAUCGAGCAUUCCACCGAAAAGGCUGAAAGGGAUGUCAGUUCUUCGGAAGAGCUGAAAAGAGCCGAAAUUCACGCUCAUCAGAAACAAAUUCAAGCACCCCGUUUCGCGGGUUCCAUUCCGGAUUCCAGAGAAAGUGCGGCGAAAGAAUCACGAAAAUCGGCAGAAAAGAAACACGAUAAAUCAGAGGAAAUGAGCAUCGAAAUGGAACAUGAUUUGGAGCCGAUCAAUGCCGAGUCUACAAACAUGGCCGAUUUCGAGUACAAACACCGAUUCAUCCAUUUCUCGAAAACGCUUUCCAUUGUCGAUUUCUGCAUCAUCAUUCUCACCAUUGUUUUAUUGGGAUACAUGCUUUCAUUGUUCUGCCAAUUUAUUCAAAGUCUUUGCGCCACGGGACCUAAACACAUCAACGAUAGUAAAGUGGCUCCAGUGAUGGAAAAGCCAUUGCCGGCAAAGGAAAUUAAAAUUGAUAUGAGCGAGACAAAU